AUGCGGUGAAGAACCUGUAUUUUCCCCUGUGUGUGUUAUAGUGCGUUUAAAAAAUGGGGUUUGGAGGUGACCUGAAAUAUUCUCAUGAUGCUUUAUUAAAACUGCAAGACUGGGAACUACGACUGCUGGAAACAGUGAAGAAAUUUAUGGUAAUGCGAGUAAAAAGUGAUAAGGAGUAUGCCUCCACUUUACAGAAUCUUUGUAAUCAAGUAGAUAAAGAGAGCACUUGUCAGUUGGAUUACAUCAGCAAUGUGUCCAAGUCUUGGUUGCUUGUGGUACAACAAACAGAACAGCUAAGCAAAAUAAUGAAGACGCAUGCAGAGGAUCUUAAUUCUGGGCCUUUGCAUAGACUUACAAUGAUGAUUAAAGACAAGCAGCAAGUGAAGAAGAGUUACGUAGGUGUUCAUCAACAAAUUGAAGCAGAGAUGUACAAGGUCACAAAGACAGAACUAGAGAAAUUAAAAUCUAGCUAUAGACAACUAAUAAAAGAAGUAAAUUCUGCCAAAGAUAAGUAUAAAGAAGCUGUGGCUAAAGGAAAGGAGACUGAGAAAGCCAAAGAUCGCUGUGAUAAAGCCACCAUGAAGCUUCAUAUGUUGCAUAAUCAGUAUGUGUUGGCACUGAAAGGAGCACAGUUACAUCAGCACCAGUAUUAUGAUUCCACACUUCCUCUGUUACUUGAUUCACUACAGAAGAUGCAAGAAGAAAUGAUUAAAGCUCUAAAAGGAAUCUUGGAUGAGUAUAGCCAGAUCACCAGUCUUGUAACAGAAGAAAUUGUGAAUGUCCAUAAAGAGAUCCAGACCUCAGUUGAACAGAUAGACCCUAACACUGAGUAUAAUGACUUCAUAGAUACUCACAGAUCAUCAGAAGUUGUUGAACAAGAAAUAGAGUUUGAUACAUCUUUAUUAGAAGAAAAUGAAAACCUUCAAGCUAAUGAGAUCAUGUGGAAUAAUCUAACAGCAGAAAGUUUACAAGUCACGUUGAAAACCGUAAUAGAAGAACUGAUUCAGACACAACAGACCCUUUUGUGCAAAGAGGAACUUGUGUUGGAACUGGAGAAAAAAAUAGAAGAGUCUUCUAAGACUUGUGAAAAGAAAUCUGAUAUUGUACUCUUACUGAGCCAAAAACAAGCACUGGAAGAACUUAAGCAAACAGUUCAGCAAUUAAGAUGCUCUGAAGCAAAAUUUGCAGCCCAGAAAGAACUACUGGAACAAAAGGUUCAAGAGAAUGAUGGGAAAGAGCCACCACCUGUAGUGAACUAUGAAGAAGAUGCCAGAUCAGUUACUUCUGUGGACAAGAAGGACAAAGUCUCAAGAUUUGACACUAUACGUCAUUCUAUAGCUGGAAUUAUAAGGUCUCCAAAAUCAAUGUUGGGUUCAUCAUCAUUUUUUGAUGUAAUUUCAACCACUGAGAAACCAUUGGCUGAGCAAGACUGGUAUCAUGGCGCAAUUCCAAGAAUAGAAGCACAGGAGCUGUUAAAACAGCAAGGAGACUUCUUGGUGCGAGAGAGCCACGGGAAACCUGGUGAAUAUGUCCUUUCUGUGUUUUCAGAUGGACAACGGAGACACUUUAUCAUACAAUAUGCUGAUAAUCAGUACCGUUUUGAAGGAACUGGGUUUCCAACUAUUCCUCAGCUCAUAGAACAUCAUUACACAACAAAGCAAGUUAUUACAAAGAAAUCAGGUGUUGUUCUGCUGAAUCCUGUUGUUAAGGAUAAGAAAUGGGUUCUCAAUCAUGAAGAUGUCACACUGGGAGAAUUACUGGGCAAAGGUAAUUUUGGUGAGGUGUAUAAGGGAACAUUAAAGGAUAAAACUCCUGUUGCUGUAAAAACUUGUAAAGAAGAUCUUCCUCAGGAACUGAAAAUAAAAUUUCUUUCAGAAGCCAGAAUACUCAAACAAUAUGAUCAUCCUAAUAUUGUAAAACUUAUAGGAGUUUGCACACAACGACAACCUAUUUAUAUUGUUAUGGAACUUGUUCCAGGAGGUGAUUUCUUGUCCUUUUUAAGAAAAAAGAAGGAUGAGCUCAAAACCAAACAGUUGGUGAAAUUUUCAUUAGAUGCUGCUUCCGGUAUGGCAUAUCUGGAAUCUAAAAAUUGUAUACAUAGAGACUUGGCUGCAAGAAAUUGCUUGGUAAGUGAAAGCAACAUUCUGAAAAUAAGUGACUUUGGAAUGUCCCGUCAAGAGGAUGAUGGAGUAUACUCAUCAUCUGGCCUAAAGCAGAUUCCUAUCAAGUGGACUGCUCCAGAAGCUCUCAACUACGGAAGGUACACAUUUGAGAGUGAUGUAUGGAGCUUUGGAAUCCUCUUAUGGGAGACCUUCAGUUUAGGGGUGUGUCCAUACCCUGGAAUGACCAACCAACAAGCAAGAGAACAAGUUGAGAAAGGCUACCGAAUGUCAGCACCACAAAAAUGUCCAGAAGAAAUAUAUAAAAUAAUGCAGAGGUGCUGGGACUACAAACCAGAAAACCGCCCAAAAUUCAGUGAGAUUCAGAAAGAGCUAUCUUCAAUCAAAAAGAAAGUAACAUAGUGAUAAACAAGUGCCAAACUCCAUGUGUGGGACUUUAUUUCCCAGUGAAGUAAUUUUUCUCCCUGAAACACUAUGCAUUUAUACAACCUUAUUUGCAAUACUCUUCUAGGAUUAUUUGAAAUUAACUGGUUUUUUGUAUACAUGUGUACCAUCUCAGAUGAUGUCUACACCUCCAUUAAAGAUAUAUACUGCAAAAUGCUAGAUAUCCAGUCACAAUAAUAUUGUCAUUUAGGUUACCUGGAAAUAGACGAGCACAUACUAUAGAUUUAAAGGCCUGUGGCUUCUGUUUUACAGCAAGUAGCUGCUAGUGACAUUU